AUGGGGCGGCCAAGUGGGAAGACUACCAUCCCCCUGUUCAUGUACAGCAUAGCAACCACGGCGAUAGUUUAUCAGAACUAUAUUUUUAUUGCCUUUCUGUUUAAGAGGUAUAGAGCGUACGAAUGGCUGUGCACAGGACAGAGUAACCAAAUGGGGGGGGACUUCUUUGUAUGCAAGGAGCAGGAAAACUAUAUUCAGUUUUUGCUAGUGUCAGGGUUAAUCAUUCAGUUCAUUUCUGGUUCUAUUGGAAGUAUGUUAAUUAAUGUUAUGUCCAAGAAGAAGUACGUAUCCCGUGUGGCCUUCUCUUUUUUAUUCACAGGAUGGACGCUGCUGAGCGUUGCUCUUUUAUAUUCGAAGCGGUAUAUGGAAGGGUACUCUCCCAAUGGAUCCAGUGGUGAAAGGUCCAAUGGCCUGGGACUGCUCCCCGGGGGGUUCCAAACCAUUUCACUCCUCUUCAACUUGGCAUUCGCCUGCUUCGGCAUCGGGUCUGACAACUCAUACCUACCCAUCAUAUACUAUGUGAACGAGAAGUAUCCAGUGGAAAAAGGGGAAAGGACACACAAAAGUGUCGAAUCCACAGAUGAAAAGGGCCACGCGGAGAUGACAAAUUAUGGGGGUGAAAGUAAACUAGGUGCCUUAAAAAAUAUUUUGAAGAACAAAAAUUACAUCCUCAUCAGUACCAUGUCCUCCCUUGCCGUGCUAAGCCUCUUCGUGGGCAACGUGCUCUUAGCCGCACUUAACGUAUUUGAAGGGGAAAGCAACAUCACCGUAGUGGUGGGUCUCUACAUUUUGGUGUGUGUCGUCCCUUCAUUCUUUAUUGCGAAUUUACUGGAUGAGAGGGGAGAAGGAAAAACUAGCGAUAAUGUGGCGAUCAGCGAACAAAUAACACCGAACAGGGAGAGCACCCAGGUGUACGGAAAUAUCCACCUGGAUGUCUUGAAGAACCAAGUGAAGUCGCCAUUUUAUCAAUUCAUCGUGAUCGAGUUUUUCACCAUAACGUUCAGCAUUUGCUACUUUAUGUUUUCCCUGUUUGACAUUUACGAACAUAGCGUAUUUGGAGACACGCUAAAUAUAUACUCCCUCGUGUUGCCAUCAAGCUUUAUCAUCACCUUAGUAUUUGGCAUAAUAGCUGAUAUUAUAAGCAUAUACAACUUUAUGAGCUUCAAUUUAAUUCUGGGGAUUUCAGUUUUUUCUUUAACUUGGGUUUACUACAAAACGGCGAGUGUAUUGGUUGGAUACCUAUCAUUGAUCAUUUAUUUUUUUCACCAAAGUUUUUUUGCAAACCAUAUGUACAUGUAUAUGUCGACUGUAUUUGGCGAAAACAAUUUUGCAGUCCUCAUUGGAAUAAUUAAUGCAUUCGCUUCUGUUGCUUUUUUCCUUUCCUUUAAAUCUUUCGAAUAUAUUAAGUACUACGGGGGGCCUGUCCACUCCCAGAUGCUUAUCCAAAUGGUCAUUCUUUCCUACGUGUUGUUGUUUCUUUUUCACGUUUUUUACAUAAAGAAGAAGGCUGCAAGUGGACAGUUCAUGACGACCAAGGGAGACACUUCCGAAGUGACACAAAAUAAUAUAUAA